AUAAAAAACACUAUUCUUUAUAAUGAAAUGACCAUACGUAUCUAUUAAAACGAAGUUAUUCAUAAAUAAUUAAUAAUAAACAACUAAUUUGCAACUACAAUAGUUGUUUCCCUGAGGACUGGGCAAAAUACGUGCAACUUUGACAUGAGUUAGCCCAUGCGUUUUCUUAUCCUAUACUUGCACGUGCUCGUUUACAUGAUUAAAUCCCACGUUUGAUCACCUCCUUAAGGUUAUUCAUUGUAAAUUAUGUGGAAAUGUGUACCAAAGUCGUAUAUUCACGUCUCAGCAGCCACACUAAAGAAGACGCAUCUGAAUUUGAAGAGGAAAAGUCCGGCUGAUCAACGCUGGCUAAUACGGCAGCUCAGUGACCCUUUCGUGAAAGCUGCCCAUGUGCAGAAUUACCGCUGUAGAAGUGCCUUUAAACUGAUCGAGAUAGAUGAUAAACACAGAAUCCUCAAGCCUGGCUUCAGUGUCAUAGAUUGUGGUGCUGCUCCUGGUGCAUGGAGUCAAGUUGCAGUCCAGAGAGUCAAUUCAACUGGAAAAAGUGUGGAUCUUCCUAAAGGAAGUGUAAUAGGAGUAGACCUAUUACGCAUAGCCCCUUUGGAUGGAGCCCACUUUCUGUCCAGUCAUGACAUCACUGAUCUUUCAACUCACAUGGAGCUGGAGAGACUCCUCCCAGAAUCCCAAACAGAUGUCAUCCUCAGUGACAUGGCCCCCAAUGCCAGCGGGCUCAGAGAAUUGGAUCAUGAAAAGCUGGUAACCAUGUGUCUUUCAGUGCUGGACUUAGCUGAGAAAGUUUUGCGCCCCGGAGGCUCUCUGGUUUGUAAAUACUGGGAUGGAGCUUUGGCGCAUAAGCUCCACCAGAAACUUUCUUCUUUGUUUCAAGAUGUAAGAACUGUAAAACCAAAAGCAAGUAGGAAGGAGUCUGCUGAGCUGUUUUUCCUGGCGAGGAUGUUCAAAAUGAGAAAGUCUUUUCCAUGCAAUUGGAAACAAGUAGAUAAAAUAAAUGAUUAAAAUGGUUUUGUUUCCAAUACUCAGUUGAAAAAAACAAAAAACAAACCCCUGUCUGUAACCAGAGUCACUGCAUUAGAAAAUGGAAUGCUUUUAUAUCUUGGAGAUAAAUGCAAUAGCAGAAUAAGUAGAAUCAGGGUUUGAGCAUGACCCAAAGAUAAGUUUCAUUCUCUCAAACUUAUGUUUAGAGGCUCUGAAAUCAGAAAUGCAUAUGAUGGAUAUUGUCACUAUCGUUUUAUCCAAAUAUUAUAUAAAAAGAGGUGGUUAAUGUGCAUCCAAAUUUAGUGAGUGAUUCUAUAUUUAUAGUGUGCUUUUGCUUUGGGUUCCUCCUAGUAAUACAUUUCUUCCAAAAGCAUGGGGAGAACAGUCAAAAACAGGGAAAUAUUUACUCAUUUAUUUGAUGGAUUAAUUUCAUUUUAACAGAAAUCUUCAUUGCUGCUGCCUUAUGAACUCAAGAGUGUUAAUUCAGCUUGCCAGAGAGUGGAGCCCUUGAGUUGUCUGUUUGAAAACAGAAUAGGAAGGAAUUAGAAUAGUUAAACGCCCAACAUAUCAUGUGAACAUACCACAACUGUAUAGUAGACCGUGGAGCCUAUUUUGGACACUCCUACCCCUCCACAACUAUUGAGAGCUGGGUGCUUAAGAGUUAAAAAUCCUGUAUUGUCAUUUGCAUUUUAGCAAACUCUUGAAUUGUUGCUUAUUUGACAACACAUUAAUUUUGUGUUUCCCUAACCGGAAAGCUAAAUUGUUUGUGGGAUGCAAUACUGAAAAUAAGUUUUUCCAGUCAUGUAGAAAGAUGCAAUCAUUCUAUCAUUGUAAGCAGAGGAGCAGGCAGAGAGGACAGAUAAGUGUCUUAUAGAUUGUAUGACUCAUAAGAAUACUUUGUCCCUAAAGCAGUGCAGUCUCACAUAUAUUAGACAGACACAUUAUUAUCAUCUCAGACACUUGGUUUCUACAGUCCAACUGUCAAUAACAACCAGCUUGUGCGACAUGUAGAAAUGUCAUUUUGUUUAAACCAAAUAAGCUUAUGUGGAAUAUAAAUGUUUCUUUGAUAUUAGAGAUCAUGUAUUAAUACAAAGCUUGUUAAUGAUUCAUAGUUUAGAUCAGACUAUAUUCAUAUAUUUAAAAAAUUGCCUCAUGAGUUUUAUCAAUAUAUACAUUCAUUCAUGCACUUAACAGACACUUUUAUAUUUCCAGUGCAUUAAAGGUUUAUUUUAUAAACUUGUGAGUUCUCUGCAAAUCAGACUUGUGAGUUGUGACCUUGCCGUUGUUAGCGCCAUGCUUUUCUUUGCUGAUCCAUUCUAUAAACAUGAUGAAAAUUUCUUAGACUUUUGAAGUAGCUCAAACCAUAUGUUGCAGGCUUAGUUGGAAAGCACUACAAAAAGAAUGUCAGGUUUAACUGUGGAUUGCUCUAAUCUCGAGCUCAGGGAAUCUUCAACCAAGACUCAAACACACCUAAAUUAAUUUGAUUUUAAUAAUAUUUGACUGAGCUACAUGUUACCAUACAAUAUGGAAAUUCUUGCAACCUCACUCUUUAAUCUGAGUGCCUAGUGUGUCUGCAAUGUUUAAUUUGUGCUGGCUUCAGUCAAUCUUAAAUGCUCAGGUUUUUGAUCACCACUCUGAUGUAUGGGGGGAAUCUUGAGAAUUCAUUAUAGCACAUUAAGGAAUUUAUUUGAGAGUGGAGUUUUAAAUGUUUGCUAACAGCCAUGAGAGUAGAAGCUAGUGUCUUCACCAGCAUUGAAUGAUAUGGAAAUGCAGUUGAUCAUGUUAAAUUUAUAAUAGGUUUUUGGGCCCCAAAGUUAACUCUUAUGUUCUUUACUUUAAGUGUUCUUACUUUAAGGUUCAUGGCUUUAACACAAGUUAAAGGUAAAGAGCCUCCUGAAACAGAACUAGCUAAAUCCUCCCCAAGCUCAAGUUCAAGCCCUUGAGUUCACUACAAUAAUGUGCUGUCUAAAAUUGUGACCGAGUUCAGUUCAGAGUUGAUUCAGGAUAUCAACUGGAAACUUCUUAUUAAACUUGUGAACAUGUUAGUUUUGUAGUGUUCAGAAGUGAAUGGAGAAUGCAUUUACUGUCUUUGAGAUGACAAUCAGGAUGUAGAAAUGAAAUUCAUAUUUGUAUUUAAGGAAGUAGAGUUAAAUGAAACAAAGAAAUUAAUGUGU